CAGUCCGAACGCGGAUUCUGUCGUAACACGACGACAUUCGACGCGGCCGCAGUUUUAAUUCCGCGUAAAUAAAUGUAAUAAAUAAAUUAACUAAGUACAACAAAACCUCAUCGCAUGUGUUGCAAUAAAAAUACUGGAAUCUAGAUCUAAAAAAAAUACAAUAGAAACAAAAAAAAAAUUGUCUAUGUACACGAAUUUCAAAUUGUUCCUAAUUUAAAUUUUUAAAUACGCUCCAAAACUUAAUGAAUAAAAAAAUUAAGCAUCACGCACGUUCUAAAACUCUUUAAGUUUUUGCAAGAAUUAAUUAAAAACAAGAUGCUAAUUUAAUCUUUUGAGAACUACAAAAAAUGAUUCGUUGAAAUAAUUAAAUGAGUAUAGAACGAAAUCUUGCAUUUUAAUUGAAAACUAUAAUUAAAGAAGUGUAAGAAAUAAUAAAAUAAAAAUCGUACUAAAAUAAAUGGAUUUUUUUUGGCGGUGAAAAUGAAAGUUUUGUGCGCGUUGUUUUUGUUCUGUGUGUCAGUUCGAUUGGUACACCUGCAAGGACCUGGAUCCGGGACUAACGGAAAUUUGCGACUAUGCGUUGUAGAAGGUCGGGGGCCCUUCAAACGCGGGGCUACGUUUUGCCCGCUGCUGGACGAUGAGAACUCGGGGCUAGAAUGCGUCCUGGGGACAGAUCAACUGGAUUGUCUUCGGCGUAUAGGCAAGAACACUGUCGACUUCGGAGUAUUCAGCCCUGAAGACCUGAUCGCGGCGCAGUGGGCAGACAUUGACGUGCUGGUCACUGACGAACUGAGGAAUCGAUUCAGGCCCUACGCAAGGAGCAUAGUAGCAGUGGUGAACCGUCGCAUCUUGCCCGACCGGCCGUCCUCCUUGGACUUUGUUCUACACAACACCACGCUCUGCCAUCCUGUGGUCGGAGUCGACGAUUUGCGACCACUGUCGGAUACACUAGCUGGGUAUUUGGAAUCCCUGAUCAUCCCACGCGCGUGUGACCCCAGUCUAACUCUAACGGAGAACAGAAUCAAGGCGUUAUCUGAGUUCUUCCACAAGGCAUGCAAAGCUGGUCCCUGGGUGCCAGAUGUGGGAAGAGAUGCUGAACUCAAGGGUAAAUACCCCAACCUUUGCGCCGGCUGCGCCAAUCCAGCGUGUAGAGAGGAUGAUAAGUACUGGGGUGCUACCGGCGCAUUGGAAUGCCUUCUGGACAACUCUGGAGACACCAUGUGGGGUGAACUAUACGACGUACAGUACAUCUUUGGGUUAAACUCAACAUCGGUAUCUGGGGAACCCAUGCUCUCGAGCAAACAAUUCGCUUACCUCUGUCGCGAUGGGACGUGGCAAGCCAUAGAAGAUAACCUGACUCCCUGCGUUUGGCUCAACAGACCUUGGCCUGUCGUCAUUGCUAAGAGGAAAGCGGCAGAAGCAGUGAGCAAACUCAUAGGCUCAUUAAAAGAAGACGACAUGUUCAACAGCCAUUGGCGGGGGGCUCUGACCUCCCUGCUGGAAAUACGUCAGCCUCCUACACCGGUUAACCCACCCAAAACCCCCCUGGACUAUUUAGCGUCCGCUCAAGGAUUCAGGGAAGCGUACAGCCAGAGUGGUUGUGAUCCACCAAGGCACAUAACCCUCUGCACUACCUCCAACCUAGAGAGGAAUAAAUGCGAAUGGCUGAGCGAAGCGGGCGCGGUGUACGGCAUCAACCCGCCGCUGCAGUGUGUAGUGAGGAACAGCACACGGGAUUGUCUCAAAGCUGUGAAGGCGGGAGAGUGUGACGUGGCUGUUGGUGACAGCGAGUGGCUCAUGGCAAGCACCAGGGACUAUGGCUUGGAACCCGUCCUCUACGAAACGACACCCAUCGUCGAAAAAAUGGACACCGUCGUAGCGUACGUCAGGAAUGGUGACGUGUUAACAAAGAUGGAGGACUUGAGCGGAAAACGCGCCGCUUUCCCGCUCUUCGACGGAAUGGCGUGGCACACCGUCCUUCAAUACAUAAAGAAUAAAGAAAAGCUGAACUGUGCUGAAGCCAUGUUCGAUUACUUCAGUGAAAUAUGCGCUCCUGGUAUCGAAGAAAUGGAUGGGGGUGUCAUUAGUCAAAUGAAUAUAGAUAAAUUUACGAAUGGGUGCAUCAAAAAUGGCGAUAAAGUUGUGAGUGGGGAAAUUGCGGCGUUGCAGACGCUUGUGGAGGGAAAGAGUGACGUUGCGUUUAUUAGCUUCAAAACUGCUAAUUUGUAUCUAAAUAAGCAAAUCAUGGAUCCAUGGGCAGACAACGAUGUUGACAUAAUGCCAGUAUGUCCUGAUGAGAACAAAAAGUAUUGCUACCUCUCUUGGUCCAACAUUGGCCACAUUUUCGCCUCCCGAAACCUCACGGACAUGAGGCGACAGGAAAUCGUCAACGUGUUCACAAAGCUCGACCAACGGUUCGGCGAACAUCAGCCAUCCCAUAACGUAAUGUUCACAAUGUAUGGCCCGUUCAAUCACGCAAUGGAUGUAUUGUUCCAUAAUAAUACAAAGACUUUGACUACUGCCGAUAUGUAUAAGAAUACGCAUCCGUACGCCUCUAUGCCUCUCAAUUUUGAACGAACUGUCACAAAUGACAGCUGUCAAAUAGCAGAUUUGGCGCGCGAUUCCGUCAACGGUUUCGCGCCAACGUUUUCGUUGUUAAUAUCAUGUUUAUUGCUCACUAUUUUAAGUAGAUAACACUUGUAAAGGUAGAUAGAAAUGUGAUUAAAUAUAAUUAGAAAUACAACUAUUUUAUAGUA